AUGACGGACCUCAAUAUCACGGACGCCGAUAUAGGCGACAAGCUUCGCGGGAAGACGGCCGUUGUCACGGGUGGCUCUUCGGGGAUCGGACUCAGCAUCGUCCAGAAACUGGUCGCGUCGGGUGUCAAGGUCUUGGUCGGGGAUGUGCAACCUCUGAGAGAAGCCGUGGCGGGCGUGGGAUUCAUGCAGACCGACACGAGCCGGUGGGAGGACCUGAUGGCGCUGUUCAAGCGCGCGGUCAGCGACUGGGGCCGGAUCGACAUUGUGAUCCCCAACGCCGGGAUCGGCGACAAGGGCGACUUCUUCGACACGGUCGACGAGCACGGCGACCCGGUCAAGCCGCGCUUCGAGUGCCUGCACGUCACGCUCAUCGGGCAGAUGUACACGGUCAAGCUGGCGAUGCACUACAUGCGGCGGCAGCAGCCGCAGGGGGGCGUGAUCGUGUCGACCGUGUCGCGGGCCGGGUACGUCGCCGAGAGCAUACCCGUGUAUGGGGCGGCCAAGCAUGGAAUGGUCGGGCUCAUGCGGGCGCUGCGCCCGCUAACGGCGACGUGGAACAUCCGCAUCAAUAGCAUCGCGCCGGGCAUCACCGACACGCCCGCCCUGCGGACCCUGCCGGACCUGGUGCCCAAGCUGUGGAACAGCGGCGUCAUCCCCAUGAACACCAGCGACGAGUGUGCCCUGGCGGCGGUAUAUCUGUGCGCCAACGACGACUACAACGGCAGCACCAUCUUCAUCAAUGGCGGCAAGUACCGCGAGGUCGAGAGCGGGUACCAGCGCCAUCUGAAGGACAUCAUGGGCAAUGAUCCGCGCUUGAGCAUGACGCCGGAAGAGAAGAAGAUUCUAGGUGAGUUUUUUUGCAAUUCUAUCGCGUUUCGCUGA